UCGUAUAUUCAAAUCUGGUGCAGUUGUGGUAGAUCUUAGCCUCAAGCAAAAGGAGGUCUUUCAAGAUUGUGCGUUUCAACAUAUGCUCGAGUAUAUGGAAAGCACUUCUAGCACAAUACAUACAUCUUUAACUAACGUAGUUCUUAUAAGACUAUCUUAAUAUUGAUCCACCACGAUGGACAUAGAUGGAAGGUGUUGAAGUAUAAGAGAAGCUCGAAAGCUGCGCUUCAGUAUGUUAACUUCAUCUCGAACCCACAGCCUUUAUCUUACCCCCAAACUUUCUUAUCAAAGUCUCGCGAUUUUCACUUCAAUAUUUACUAUGGAGUUGCACCCUCAGGAUAUUGAGGUAGGCUGUAUCCUUCAACCACGUCGUGAGGUCGACGCCCCACGCACUGGAAGAGGACCUCACAUCCUUGGUCUCGUCCUUACCGGUGUACCGUGUCAAUGGAGCUCGCCCCGAGGGCGGAAAAUUAAUCCAAACAUGAACUGUCUCGAUGGCUGCAAAUUAACAACAAAGGGCUAAAAGCAUCCCAUUAUUGUCAUUCAAAUAGAGGGAAAUGAUAUUUCCUAUGUACAAGUAUGUACAUUGGUGGGUUCAUAUGCAGGCUGUCAACUGACUUUUUUAACAGAUGACCAGUACACCAAUCAAGAAUGACAAAUGCGGUACUGAAUACUCUCCAAUUGGGCACUAUUUUCCUACAAAAAAAACGCUAAGAGACAUCAUCCCGAGGAAUAUCGCUCUAGUUACUGGCUUCGAGGUGAAAACUUUUCGGAAAAUACCCUAGAUAAAGCUCGCAGUAAAAGAGGGUAUGAGCGAACCAUUGAACUCAGAAAGUACUCCAUGCUGCGCCUACCACAUGUCUUUAAACGGCCGUUGUCCAAAUUCGAAGCUUUUGGGGGCCGCAAUUCAAGAGCAAUGGACUACUGCUUGGAUAAACCUUCUUAUUACAGACUGAUGGAUAGACUAGGUCUUAGUUCUGGUAACGAUAGAUCCGACAUAGUUGAACCGGGUACCCAAAACAAUUCUAUCUUUUCAAGCAUCUUUUCUCAACUAGUCAGCUAUCUCAGCGUUUACAAUUCUACAGAAGACGACCCAAGUCAAUAUCAAGCGGAGACUAUUUACCCCGGAGAAGACGGUAAGUCACUGUUAUUUCCUUUCGUACCUGAUAUUCUUUCUUUGGCUAAAUUAAAUCUAUCUAGUGGAGUUGAGUGUUUCACGAAAGCCAAGUCGACUAGAAUGGGCUUGGAGUUGGCUUGGACUGGGCCGUCUACUACGUAACUAGAAGCUACAAUUUCAUAACUCUGGAUUCGAUAAAACACCAGCUUAUCUCAUUUCUGUAAGGAUUUCAGAAUGUUAUAAAAUAGUG